AUGACUGUCAUUCCUGCCGCCGACGACAAUUCCCGCAAGCCCUACGAUGCCGUGAUCCAGGCCAUCGUCGACUAUGUCUACGACUACCAGAUCACCACAGACAUUGCCUGGUCGCGGGCCAAGGUCGCCUUAAUGGAUGCCCUUGGUGCUGCCCUCGAAAGUAUCCAUACCAGUCCACAAUGCGCUCAGCUUGUUGGACCGGCAUUCCCCAUCGCCCCAGCCACCUCGGGUUUGUUCCGGUUACCGGGAACAGCCUACCAGCUGGACAUCCUCAAAGGAGCCUUUGAUCUUGGGGCCAUGAUACGUUACCUCGAUCACAAUGACGCCUUCCCCGGUGCAGAAUGGGGACAUCCUUCGGAUAACCUAGGUGCGAUCCUGGCCGUCGCAGAUGUCCGUAGUCGUGUAGCCCUGGCAGAGGGCUACCCCGAAAGCAUCGUGACAAUGCAGCAGGUUUUGGAGGCCCUGAUCAAGGCGUAUGAGAUUCAGGGCUGCUUCCAGAUUAAGAAUGCCUUCAACAAGGUCGGGUUGGACCAUACAAUCCUUGUCAAGAUUGGUGCAACCGCCGUGUCGGCCUGGCUGCUGGAUCUUCCCCGCGAGCAGGCCCUCAGUGCCGUCUCUCACGCCUGGAUGGACGGCCACCCACUCCGCGUGUACCGCCAGGCACCCAACACUGGUCCGCGCAAAGGAUGGGCAGCUGGCGAUGCUUGCAUGCGGGCUGUGCACCUGGCACUACUAGCCAAGGCUGGACAACCCGGUGCUAACACGGUGCUGACCACACCCCGCUGGGGUUUCUAUGAUGUCCUGUUCAAGGGCCAGGAGUUUGACCUUCCCCAGCCAUUUGGCACAUGGGUCAUUGAAACCGUGCUGUUCAAGGUGAACACUGCCGAGGGCCAUGGCAUGACAGCGGUGGAGGCCGCGCUGGAAGUCGCCAAUACCCUGCGGGCGCGUGGACUCGACCCAGCCAAGGAUAUCCAGUCGAUCCACGCCAAGACUCAGGCUGCUGGUAUGACAAUCAUUAACAAGGGCGGAGCAACAUUGCACAACGCCGCAGACCGUGACCACUGUCUGCGGUACAUGGUAGCUGUGGUGCUGCUGAAGGGAGCGCAGGUCGAGACGGCCGACUACCAGGACGACAGUCCCUGGGCGACAGACCCGCGGGUGGAUGCACUGCGUCAGAAGAUCACAAUGGCGGAAGACCCCAAAUACACGGCUGAUUAUCAUGACAUGGCGGUGCGCAGUGUGGCAAACUCGCUCACCGUCACCCUCACGGAUGGCACGACACUGCCCGAGGUACUAGUAGAGUAUCCGCUGGGACAUGUUCGUCGCCCCGAGACACCACAGGAAGUUUACGCAAAGGCGGAGCGGAAUCUGGGAUUGCGACUGUCGACCGAAAAAGUGCAGCACAUCCUGAAGACGGUGGCAUCGGAGGAGUUUAUGUCGCUACCGGCAUGCCAUUUUGUGAACUUGUUCAGUUUGUAG